AUGGUUAUAUUCACCAAGUUGGAACUGGAUUGUACAGAAUUGAUUGUUAACUUGCGCGAUGAUUCAUUCAAGACCACUCUGAGUGUCCCAUGGGAAUCACCAUUCUUUGCUCUCACUAAGGAUUGUACGCAUGUUGAAGGAGAUUCUUGGUUCAGAGCUCUUUCGGGCUUGAUGGGGAAUAGCUACUAUUUGCUUGUUCAGACAUUGGCAAAGACUCCACUUUGCAGCUUGCUCCCGCUUGGACAACGUGUUAUCGAAAAGUUGGCGCGAUUGAUUGAUGCUGAAAUGGAGUCAAUUGGAGCGAUGAAGGUUGCGAUGCCAAUUCUUGGUUCUCGUCCCUUGUGGGAAAAGGCUUCACGAUGGGACACUAUGGGUUCAGAACUUCUUCGCACCAAAGAUCGAUUAGGAAUGGAGUGGUGCUUGCAGGUGAAUAAGUCUCCUUUGCAUCAACAGUGCGUACUUAUCUAUUUUAAGCCUACCGCUGAAGAGAUGUGCACGCAGUUGGUGGCCCAAUUGCUUCCGCUAAAGAAUAGGAUGUUCCCACUUCUUCUCUAUCAGACUACUGAAAAAUUCAGAGAUGAAAUGAACCCCAGAUUCGGAUUAUUGCGAGCGCGUCAGUUUCUGAUGAAAGACCUUUACUCUUUCGACAUAGACAAGGAGGGCUCUAAUCGAACAUAUGAGAUGGUUUGCAGUGUUUACGACCGUAUUUUCAGGGACAUUCUCGGAUUAGAGACGUAUAAGGUUCCAGCCGCACCUGGAGCCCAUGGUGGUAGUUGUUCCCACGAAUAUCAUUUGAAAAAUCCCUUGGAUGAGGACGGAAUACACUUUUGCUCUAACUGCGGAUGUGGUAGCAAAAGAGAAGAUGGUCAAUACGAAUGCGGGUGUGGCGAUCAAAAUUCUAUGAGCUCGUUCUCGACUAUUGAAAUUGCACACACAUUUCAACUAGGAACUAAGUACUCUCAAGCAAUCAGUGCUCUCAAUAAUAAUAAAACCCCUUUGGAAAUGUGCUGUUUUGGUAUAGGAAUAAGUAGGCUUCUUCCAGCUGUUGUUUCCCUGCUAUCAGAUGAAGGCGAGAGUAUUCGUUUGCCUCCGGUCAUUGCUCCGUUUUCAGCUGCUGUUAUUGUCACGAAGCCGUUGAUACACAAUGUGAUAACUGAUAUGACGCUUACGACAUUGGAUCGCCAAUUAAAAGGAGGAAUCCUACUAGAUGAUCGUGUCGAAGAAAACGUUGGUAAACGAAUCAACGCUCUUCAAGAAAUCGGUAUACCUCGAAUUAUCAUUCUCGGAAAAUCUACCCUUAACACGAUGAGUGAGGUUCCGAAAAUGGAAUUCAUUGAACGGCAGAAGAAUGGCUCUUUAUGCUGGGAGAACAAAGAAUUGUCUUUGAAUGAACUGAUGCAAGCGAUUGGUUAG